AUGGUCCCGGGUGAACCACCAGCACGGGAAGGCCAGCGCGCCGCCGCCACCAACAGCUGGAGCUCGGCCGACACCGACAGCGGGAGCGGCGGCGGCACCGCCUGGUCGCCGUCUUCGCAGCAGAAUUCGGUCAACUGUGCCACGCCCCGCAGCAGCGGGAGCAGCGGCACCAACCAGCAAGUGAGCUGGGACUUCAACUCGGCGUCGGCGCAGCUAAUCAAAGAAGCCCAGGCCAACCCUGCCGCCGCCGCCUCCGCCGCCGCAAGGGCAGAGAGCGCCGGUGGCGGUGUCGGCGGCGUGCCGGUGCCACAGCCACAGAUGGCACACAACGGGCCACCGCCAACGAGGAGAGCCUCUGCCAAAAUGUCGGCGGCUUCUUCGUCUGCACUGUUCUCCCAGGAUCACAUCGUCGCGGAGCGGAAGCGCCGGGAGAAGAUCAACCAGCGUUUCAUUGAGCUCUCAGUAGUCAUCCCCUGCCUCAAGAAGAUUAUUUCACAAUGCUCAUCAUCGGUCGGUUACUUUGUGAUCGAUCAGAUGGACAAGGCGACGAUCCUCUCCGACGCGACGAGGUACGUGAAGGAGCUCCAAGAAAAGCUCAAGGCACUCCAACAAGACGGCAGCGGCGGCAGCGCCCGGGGCAGCAUGGAGUCGGCGGUGCUUAUCAAGAAGCCGCGCAUAGCGGCGUCGGCCGGGGAUGACGAGGAUGGCGGCGGCGGCGCGCCUUCCCCUUCGUCCUGCGCGCCAGCUGGGGCUGCGGCGACCGCCAGGAACGCGCUGCCCGAGAUCGAGGCGAGGAUCUCGGACGGCAACGUCGUGAUGCUGAGGAUCCACUGCGAGGACGGCAAGAGGGUGCUGGCCGAGGUCGAGGGACUCUGCCUCAGCAUCACGCAUACCAAUGUCAUGCCCUUCUUGGCUUGCAUCCUCAUCAUAAACAUAAUGGCAAAGGCAAGUUCUCCAUUAGCCUGUUCAUAG